GCAAGUGCAACAAUAGGCAGCAGCACCAUGUGCAGGGGACAAAACAUUUACCAGUGGGGUUCUCGGACAAUCUUUGAUAAAAGACCGAGGUUCCCAUUUUAGUCCCUGCUGAAAUAAAUUGUGCCAUGCAGAAAGGAAGAAAGGAUUGCAUCAUGUGGAGACUUUUGCAAUUAUAGAAGAGCGUGUGUAUCGACGUGAACUGAAGUUGCCCAAAAACAUGGAGAGUCACAGUCCAUUUAACGGGUCAACAUCCAUCCCGUGGAGGAGAAGCAGGAGGAAAAUGACUAUGCUGGAACUCCUUCGAGGGUGUCAGAAAGCCUGGUGCCCAGCUGCACCCUGGGACAGAGCGCAGGCCCGUUCAGCCCUCUCUGGAACGCCCGCUGGGAGUUUUGUGGUGGUGAGAGAUUGUGUGACAUCGCUGCCCAGCUUCCUGUGUGUGUCUUCGGGAGGAGACGAUGAAGCUCUUCUUGAGUAUAAUAUUUCAUGCACAGCCAAAGUUUUUCAGCUGUCGGAGUCUCGUCUUUCUUUCUCUGACUUGGCUCAGAUGGUGUUUUUCUACUCUUUGACCAGAGAUGUGUUGGCUCUCUGUCUAAGAAUUCCUCAUUGGAUGGACAACUUGGCCCAGAGCAACGAAGAUCGUCUUUCUCAGCUUGAACCCCAAACCUGGCUCAGCACACCACCUCAUCAAAUGUCUGAUGAAAUGACGCACAUGAAGCCAAAUAACAUAAUGUGCUCCAUACAGUUGACCUCCACCAAUGGUGCAGUGUGUGUCAUCAAUCCGCUCUAUCUUCAUGAACACGGCGAUGACUGGCUUUCCCAUCAGGCGACUGGUUUGCAGUACGCCACACCGACGUCAAAUUAUAGACGAGAACGACGCCUCAGUUCCGCUCGAACGUGGGCCGGAGCGAGCCUGAUGAGCAAACGAGCCAUUUCCUUUGACCAGGAACCUUCAUUUGCCAAUACUGAAUGCUCAGCAGUGGGCCAGGCUCUCGGCAGCCUGGUAUGUCAGAAGAAGUGGCUGACCCACCGCGUGCUAGAGCUGAGCAAGAAGAAACGCGGCUUGUUUGCAGAUGCCGUUAGAGAAUUUGUGGAGGUGACGCUGCAGAGAGCAACUGAUCCUGGGGCCUUAACGGGGUCAGAGUUCUUACAGGAAGUGAGGUCAUCACUCACUUUGCUGAGAGAGACUCUCUUGGACUACCCCGAUAUCCAGGCACUGCUGGACAGUAUGACCGACCUAAGUGAUUCCGAGAUAGACUCCCUGGUAGAGAUGUCAGUGCAUAAGGUGGCCCUUAAGCCUGUGUUGGCUCACAUCUACUCUUGCAUUCAUAUCUGCCGCACCAAUGACGGCAGUCUGCAACGGUUGGAGAGCAAACAACGUGUUCUGGAAGACAACGGAGUGGAGGCGCUGGGAGGAGCGGCUGGAGUUGGAGUUCCUGACUCAGUCACUCUUGAGCGGAUCCAGCAAAGGUGGUUGAGGAUGCACGAGGCCUACUCCCCAAACAAGAAGGUCCAUAUCCUGCUCAAAAUCUGCAAGAGCAUCUACCACAGCAUGAGUGCCAGCGCCAGCUCAGAUGUGGUGUUUGGAGCUGAUGAUUUCCUGCCUUGCUUGACAUGGGUACUUUUGCGCAGUGAACUGGUCAAUUUGCAGAUAGACACCGACUACAUGAUGGAGCUACUGGACCCCACACAGCUGCAGGGAGAAGGUGGCUACUACCUGACAACCCUGUACGCCGCUCUCUACUACAUCAGCAGCUUCCAGCCACGCUUGGCCGCCCGUCAGCUUAGCGUCGAAGCCCAACACUCUCUCAGCCAAUGGCAUCGCAGGCGCACCCUGCACAGCAACCAAUCCCGUCACAGUACGCACCGACGGACCAUUCGCAGACAGAUGUGUCCUGAGGAGUCAGUGCAGGCUUCCGUGACAGAGAGUUCGGAUGUAGAAGAAAGUGGGGAAGAUGAGCCGCAACGGGAGACAGAGAGCGACGCAGAGACUGAAGGUGAACGCACUGAGCGGCAGCAUGGACAGGAUGCAGACGAGGACACUGAAUGAGGAUUGGAGGAAGAAAGGACAUAAGAUUAAAAAUGUAAGACAACGUGGACUAUGUUUGCUGAAAUGGCUACUACAUUGGCUUUAACCACGGCUAACUACCACAUAAAGUCAAAACAUGACUUGUUCAGGAUUUAAACGCAGGAAAACCCUUCCGUCACACUGAGCCUACAACCUGAAUCACAUUACACAGGCGACUUGGUAGUUGGCAAGGCCAAUUUUUUUCUUCAUAAAUCAUACAUUCUACAUGUUUUUUUAUAAAUCAUAUACACACAUAUACAGAGCUGAGUUAAUCCUACAUUCUGUUCAUUU